GAAAAAAAAAUAAAAGUAAAAAAAAAAAAAAAUAAAGCCUCAAUUGAACGCCCUCUUAUCUCAUUCAUAAUAUUAAAGAUAUGGCUCAGGAAUCACCCAAGGAAUGGACCCUCGAGGAAGAGAACGAGCUACGUCUUGAGAUUGACUUUGGCAUUAAAGUCAAGCUCCGUCUUCUCAAUGGAACAGCUGAAAUAUUCGGAACAGAACUUGCACAGAAUAUCGACUAUGAAUUCUCGGGACGAAAAAUUGCUGUCUUUACGUGGCAUGGAUGCAAACUUCAGAUCCAAGGCAACUGUAGUGUUGAAUAUAUUGCAAAUGAGACCCCAAUGAUGGCCUACCUAAACAUGCACAUGGCUCUGGAGCAGCGUCGUGUUCUUGCCACACAAAACAAUGGACAAGGACCAAAGGUGCUGAUUGUAGGACCAAAUGAUGUAGGAAAAACAUCACUAUCAAAGAUGCUGCUCAGCUAUGCAUUGAGACAGGAUCGCCAACCAAUCUAUGUUGAUCUGGACUGUAGUGAAGGAUCGAUCACCAUGCCUGGCUGUUUGACUGCUACCCCAUUAACAGAGAUGAUUGAUGUGGAGGAAGGCUUUGGCUCCUCUGCCACCUCUGCUCCAACCGCUGGUUCUGCAGUGAUGCCUCUAGCCUAUUACUAUGGACUUCCAUCGCCCAAGGAUAAUGUCAAGUUGUAUAACAUGUUAAUGGCACGACUUGCUCAAUCAGUAGACAAAAGGCUUCAAGAGGAUCAAGCAGCACGGAGAUCAGGCAUUGUGAUCGAUACAAAUGGACUGAUCGAUGCGACUGGAUACGAAAUCAUUGCGAACUGCAUCAAAGCAUUUUCAGUCGAUGUGAUCAUUGUCCUUGGUCAUGAAAGGCUCUACAGUGAUAUGAGAAGACUCCAUCAAAAGACAGAUGUCUCUGUCAUCAAGCUGACCAAAUCUGGAGGUGUUGUCGAGCGCGAUCAUGCUUUCCGACGUCAGACACAGAACCAAAAGAUACGCGAGUAUUUCUAUGGCACUUCCAAGUCAGAACUGGCUCCUUACUCAACCAUGGUCAAUUAUCAUGAUAUCGAGAUCUUGCAAGUCGGAGAAGGAUCUUUGGCUCCAUCCUCUGCUCUUCCUAUUGGUGAGGAUCGUAAAGUGUCAGAGACACAUGUGGUCAAGGUCGAACCAGGUGAACAUCUCUUGCACUCCAUCCUCGCUGUUUCCAAUGCGGACAAAAUGAAGGAACAAGAAAUCUUGGAAACAAACAUUGCAGGGUUUGUCUAUAUCUCUGAGAUUCAUGAUGUCAGGAAAAAGAUGACCGUGCUCUCGCCUUGUCCUGGCAGAAUACCCAAGAGGUUUUGGUGGCUCGGGAGCCUCAAGUGGGCUGAAGAUUAGAAUAGAAAGCAGAGU